UGGUGGAGCAGUUCAAGUGCUUGGAGCAGCAGUCUGAGUCGAGGCUGCAGCUGCUCCAGGACCUCCAGGAGUUUUUCCGCCGGAAAGCCGAGAUCGAGCUCGAGUACUCCCGCAGCCUGGAGAAGCUGGCUGAGCGCUUCUCCUCCAAGAUCCGCAGCUCCCGGGAGCACCAGUUCAAGAAGGACCAGUAUCUCCUCUCGCCCGUGAACUGUUGGUAUCUAGUCCUGCAUCAGACCAGGCGGGAGAGCCGAGACCAUGCCACCCUCAAUGACAUCUUCAUGAACAAUGUCAUCGUCCGCCUCUCCCAAAUCAGCGAGGAUGUCAUCAGACUCUUCAAAAAGAGCAAGGAGAUUGGCCUGCAGAUGCACGAGGAGCUCCUGAAGGUCACCAAUGAGCUCUACACGGUCAUGAAAACCUACCACAUGUACCAUGCGGAGAGCAUCAGUGCGGAGAGCAAGCUGAAGGAGGCCGAGAAGCAGGAGGAGAAGCAGUUCAACAAGUCGGGAGACCUCAGCAUGAACCUGCUCCGGCACGAGGACCGGCCCCAGCGCCGUAGCUCCGUGAAGAAGAUUGAGAAGAUGAAGGAGAAGAGGCAGGCAAAGUAUUCUGAGAACAAGCUGAAAUGCACCAAGGCCCGGAACGACUACUUGCUGAAUCUGGCAGCCACCAACGCAGCUAUUAGCAAAUACUACAUCCACGACGUCUCUGACCUCAUCGACUGCUGUGAUUUGGGCUUUCAUGCCAGCCUGGCCCGCACCUUCCGGACCUACCUCUCGGCCGAGUACAACCUGGAGACCUCUCGCCACGAGGGGCUGGACGUCAUUGAGAACGCGGUGGACAACCUGGAUUCCCGAAGUGACAAGCACACGGUCAUGGACAUGUGCAACCAGGUCUUCUGUCCCCCCCUCAAGUUUGAGUUCCAGCCCCACAUGGGGGACGAGGUGUGCCAGGUCAGUGCUCAGCAGCCCGUCCAGACAGAACUGCUCAUGCGGUACCACCAGCUGCAGUCCAGACUGGCCACUCUCAAGAUCGAGAACGAGGAGGUUAGAAAAACCCUGGACGCCACCAUGCAGACCUUGCAGGACAUGCUGACCGUGGAGGACUUUGACGUCUCCGACGCCUUCCAACACAGCCGGUCCACGGAGUCUGUGAAGUCAGCCGCCUCUGAGACCUACAUGAGCAAGAUCAACAUCGCCAAGAGGAGAGCCAACCAGCAGGAGACAGAAAUGUUUUAUUUUACAAAAUUUAAAGAGUAUGUGAACGGCAGUAACCUCAUCACUAAGCUACAGGCCAAGCAUGACUUACUCAAGCAGACUCUGGGCGAAGGGGAGAGAGCGGAAUGCGGUACAACCAGGCCCCCCUGUCUUCCCCCUAAACCACAGAAAAUGAGGAGACCUAGGCCUCUCUCAGUGUGUAGUCAUAAACUAUUUAACGGCUGUAUGGAAGCGUUCAUUAAGGAUUCAGGACAAGCUAUACCACUGGUCGUCGAGAGCUGCAUCAGAUACAUCAAUUUAUAUGGGCUCCAGCAGCAAGGGAUCUUCAGAGUGCCAGGAUCCCAGGUUGAAGUCAAUGACAUCAAAAAUUCCUUUGAGAGAGGUGAAGACCCGCUUGUGGACGAUCAAAAUGAACGAGAUAUCAAUUCAGUCGCUGGCGUUCUAAAACUGUAUUUCCGAGGACUGGAAAACCCACUCUUUCCUAAGGAAAGGUUUCAAGAUUUGAUAUCUACUAUUAAACUGGAGAGCCCAGCUGAGAGGGUGCACCAGAUCCAACAAAUCCUCAUCACCCUUCCCCGCGUGGUCAUCGUGGUCAUGAGAUACCUCUUCGCUUUCCUCAACCACCUCUCGCAGUAUAGUGACGAGAACAUGAUGGAUCCCUACAACCUGGCCAUCUGCUUCGGGCCCACCCUCAUGCACAUCCCUGAGGGGCAAGACCCUGUGUCCUGCCAGGCACAUGUCAACGAGGUCAUCAAAACCAUCAUCAUCCACCAUGAAGCCAUCUUCCCCAGCCCCCGGGAGCUAGAGGGACCUGUGUAUGAAAAAUGCAUGGCUGGAGGGGAAGAAUAUUGUGACAGCCCGCACAGCGAGCCGGGGACCAUCGACGAAGUUGACCACGACAAUGGCACCGAGCCUCACACCAGUGAUGAAGAAGUGGAGCAGAUCGAGGCCAUCGCCAAGUUUGACUACGUGGGGCGGUCCCCACGUGAGCUGUCCUUCAAGAAGGGAGCCUCACUGCUACUGUAUCACCGCGCCUCCGAGGACUGGUGGGAGGGUCGUCACAACGGCGUGGAUGGGCUCAUCCCACAUCAGUACAUAGUUGUACAGGACAUGGACGAUGCGUUCUCGGACAGCCUGAGCCAAAAGGCCGACAGCGAGGCCAGCAGUGGGCCACUGCUGGACGACAAGGCCUCCUCCAAAAACGACCUCCAGUCCCCCACGGAGCACAUCUCGGAUUACGGCUUUGGGGGGGUGAUGGGCCGAGUGCGGUUACGAUCUGAUGGAGCAGCCAUCCCCCGGCGCCGAAGCGGGGGAGACACACACAGCCCGCCCCGGGGCCUGGGCCCCAGCAUAGACACGCCACCCCGGGCCGCCGCCUGCCCCAGCAGUCCCCACAAAAUCCCCCUCUCCCGGGGGCGGAUCGAGAGCCCCGAGAAGCGGAGGAUGGCGACGUUCGGGAGCGCCGGCAGCAUCAACUACCCCGACAAGAAGGCGCUCUCUGAAGGGCACUGCAUCCGGUCGACGUGCGGCUCCACCAGGCACAGCAGCCUGGGGGACCACAAGUCCCUGGAGGCCGAGGCCCUGGCAGAAGACAUCGAGAAGACCAUGAGCACAGCUCUGCACGAGCUGCGGGAACUGGAGAGGCAGAACACAGUCAAGCAGGCGCCAGAUGUGGUGCUGGACACCCUGGAGCCCCUGAAGAACCCGCCAGGCCCCAUCGGCUCAGAGCCGGCCAGCCCCCUGCACACCAUCGUAAUCCGUGACCCCGACGCCGCCAUGCGUCGCAGCAGCAGCUCCUCCACCGAGAUGAUGACCACCUUCAAGCCAGCCCUGUCCGCCCGCCUGGCCGGCGCCCAGCUGCGCCCACCCCCCAUGCGGCCGGUGCGGCCCGUGGUCCAGCAUCGGUCCAGCAGCAGCAGCAGCUCGGGCGUGGGCAGCCCGGCCGUGACGCCCACCGAGAAGAUGUUCCCCAACAGCUCGGCCGACAAGUCGGGCACCAUGUGACCUGCGGGGUGGCGGGCACCGCCCUGGCCCGCCGUGGCCCGCCGUGGCCGAGGGUGGCCUUUGUGACUCCCACAUCCUCCCGGUGCUCCUGGCCUUGUCGGGCGGGGCCCAGAAGGUCAGCCUGGGAGCGGGUCUGUGUGGAGCUGAGGCCCAGGCCCGAGCCACAGCUCGCCUUCAGCCAUGUGAAUCCACAGGCCUCCCUCCCGUGUGCACACAGACGGCCAAGCGGUGAGGAGCAGCUGCCCAGCCGGAGCCUUUCCCGAGAUCGUGGCAGAUGUUAAUGGCUUCACCCGCGUAUCGUCACUGGAAAGUUAUUCUCUCGACAUUCUCUCUACACG